AUGGGCGACUGGAGCUUUCUGGGGAGACUAUUAGAGAACGCACAGGAGCACUCCACGGUCAUUGGCAAGGUUUGGCUGACGGUCCUGUUCAUCUUCAGGAUCCUGGUACUGGGCGCCGCAGCCGAGGAGGUGUGGGGAGACGAACAGUCGGACUUCAUGUGCAACACGCAGCAGCCCGGCUGCGAGAACGUCUGCUACGACAAAGCCUUCCCCAUCUCCCACAUCCGCUUCUGGGUGCUGCAGAUCAUCUUUGUGUCCACGCCCACCCUCAUCUACCUGGGCCAUGUGCUGCACAUCGUGCGCAUGGAAGAGAAGAAGAAAGAGCGGGAGGAAGAGCUGCUGAAGGGCGACGGGCCGGCUGCACGCUGUGGGUCGGGUGGCCACGGCCAGAAGGACAAGCCACCGGUGAGGGAUGACCGGGGCAAGAUCCGAAUCGCCGGGGCCCUGCUCCGGACCUACGUCUUCAACAUCAUCUUCAAGACGCUGUUCGAAGUGGGCUUCAUCGCUGGGCAGUACUUUCUGUACGGCUUUGAGCUGAAGCCACUGUACCGCUGUGACCGGUGGCCCUGCCCCAACACGGUGGACUGCUUCAUCUCCAGGCCCACGGAGAAGACCAUAUUCAUCAUCUUCAUGCUGGCAGUGGCCUGCGUGUCUCUCUUACUCAACAUGCUGGAGAUCUACCACCUGGGCUGGAAGAAGCUUAAACAAGGAAUGACCAACUAUCGCUCAGACACCCCUGAAUCCAGGGUGGGGGCCACAAAACCUGGGGGUGUAAGCCCACUCCUUCUCCCCUCCCACUCGGCCCCGCCCACGGUUACCAUCGGAUUCCCGCCUUACUAUGCUCACUCUGCCUCUUCUCUGGGACAGGCCACAGGGGCGGGCUACCCCGGGGCCCCUCCACCAGCAACAGACUUUGACAUGGCAGCCCUGUCCGAGGUCCCUGGGAAGGACCACCCUGCCAAGUUCUACAACGGCAACCACCACCUGCUAAUGACAGAACAGAACUGGGCCAACCAGGAGGCUGAGCAGCAGACUUCUGCUAGGAAGGCCUCCCUUCCAGCUUCGGGUUCUGCAUCCCUGAGCCCUACAGGCAGCACCAAGGAGCUCCCUCAAGAGGGUGGUGUGGGAAGCAGUGCACCUGGCCUGUUGGAGAAUGGGAACGGCAGCAGCUUGGGAGAGAGCAAAUUGGAAGUGACUCCCGAUGAUGGGGAGGAGCAGCCAGUGACCACCGCAGUGGAGAUGCACGUGCCUCCCUUGCUCCCGGCAGACCCCGGACGAUCAAGCAAGGCUAGUAAGUCCAGUGGCGGUCGGGCCAGACCCAAUGACUUGGCCAUCUAG